AUGAACGCAACUGGAUCUGAAGCCCGUAAUGGGCGCACGGGAGCUUCUAGCCAACAAACGGGUCCUUUUGGAUAUUCGUUUUUCUCACCACAAGACACGCCAUACGAUGUCGGCCCUGCCCCUCCACCGGGACCUGCUCUCCUCGACGAUAGCGAGUCUAACAUGCUUGAUAACUUCUUCACCACACUUAAUUCGAGCCAUCUUGAUGCGAGUGACGCUUGGUUUGGUGACCAGACCCAAGACAAGGGGACAGGAGCCCUUGGGCUCGAGUGGCCAGAUGAGCUUCCCCAGAUAUUCGAAGGCUCAACAACAUCACUAUCCCAGCCAUCCCUUCUACCUUACAGUGCGUCGAAAGGAGGAGGUGAUUCGACGAAUAACGGCAUGAGCACAAGCUCGGAUAUACUAGCUGCAGCUUCAAUGCUCUAUCAGAACGGAAUGAAUACAUCUAAUUUCGGAUCAACGUCCACGCAUCAUUUCUUCUCUGACAAUGCCUUACCUGGAAUGAAUGGGGCUUUCUCCGGUGCAUCAGGUUUCGUCAAGCAAGAGAGGUCAGAUGAUCAUCAUACGCCGGCAGACUCCAGCCCUCGAAGUUCUCGGAAACGCCUCUUACGAGGCCAGCAUACAGAAGUCUUCAAUGUGCAGGAACCUGCACCGCUAGAUCCGCAGGCGAGCGCAAAAUUCAGAACUCUCCGCUGGGGAUCGGAUGCUAGUUUUGUUGACCAGGGCUACAUGGCCCCUCCAGAUGUGCCGAACGAGGAGGAACGCACCAAAGACCUGUUGAAUAAGUUGGAGUGUCUCGAGCCGCAAACCAGCACAAACAACACAAGAGCCCCAACGCCGGUGAGGAUGUUCGAAAGUUCUCAUAGAGAUUGGACCGGUCUGAAUGGGGCGCAUCUGCCUCAUGCCCUCCAAAAUGGGGACCCCGACAACCACGACAACAGUAUGCCGCCGAAGAAGCGGUUAAAGACUAAAACCAAGGAGGCUGAUGAUUCUGAUGAGAAUGGUACUCUCUCAAAGUCCAAAAGACCGAAGAGUUCCGGCAGCAACAAAGCCAGACGAGCAUCCGGUGAAAAUUCCUCGCGAAAGCCGAAACUGCAACAGGGCAACAAACCUGCACGAGAGAAUUUGACAGAAGAGCAGAAACGUACAAAUCAUAUUUUAUCAGAACAGAAGCGACGAAAUCUCAUCAAACAGGGCUUUGAUGAACUCUGUUCACUUGUUCCUGAACUACGAGGCGGUGGAUUCAGUAAGAGCGCCAUGCUCGCCCAAGCUGCAAACUGGCUUGAGGAUAUCUUGCGGGGGAACGAGCUGCUGAAGACUCAACUUGCGGAGUUGAAAGCAAUGAAUGGCUUUAUAAUGCCGAGAUGA